AUGGCCUCCAGCUUCCCUUUGCGCCGACUUCCGGCCGCUCUUGCCCGUCACCAACCCCGGGUUAUCAGCACUUCGAAGCGCCUAAACUCCACCGCCGCCGUGCAGUACCAGAACCCCGCCUACCCGCUCUACCCAUCGGUCAGCAGCCUGCUCCACGAGAAGGGGAUCCCGGAAUCGGAGAUCUCCAAGAUCCCCGCCACGGGCCCCAAGGGCCGACUCCUGAAGGGCGACGUCCUCGCCUACCUGGGCAAGAUCCCCGCCGAGUACCCGGCGACCCAAGCGGCGCGCUUCGCCAAGCUGGGCCAGCUGGACCUGAGCAACAUCAAGAUUGUCGCGGCUGAAGCUCCCAAGCCCGCCGAAGCUGAACCCACUCCCGUCGUUGAGAAAGCCCCCGUCUUCCGUCCACCUCCCACCACCCGCGUCGCCGUCCCCAUCUCCCUGGCCGCCGUGCUGCACGCCCAGAAGCGCCUGCAGGACAAGCUGCACAUCACCGUGCCGUUGUCAACCUUCCUGGAGCGCGCCACCGACCUCGCCAACGAGGACCUUCCCCGCUCCGUGCGCGAGCAGCCCACGGCCAACGAGCUCUUCGACGAGCUCGUCCUGGGCGCCGCCCCCGCCCGCACCUCCCGCGGCGAGUACUUCCCCGAGUUCAACGCCGAGGAGGCGGCAGCAGCCGACGCCGUCGUCACCCCCAAAACCAAGUCCGUCACGGAGGAUAUCAUCGACAUUCUGGCCGGCAGUGGCAAGGCCGCCGCCAAGAAGGUGGUUUCCUCGGUUUCCUCGGUCACCGGCGCAGCGCCGGCCGCGGGCGCGGCCAACGUCUUCAGCUUGACGGUCCCCGUGGGCGAUGAGAAGAGAGCUCAGGUCUUCUUGGACCGCGUCAAGUCGCUGUUGACGGUUGAGCCGGGCCGGCUUGUUCUAUAG